AUGAAGCAAAGAGUGGGAUCAGUAUUGGAAUUCAGAACCCCACAGCACCCAUCUUUGGGAACAAAUAAUUGGGGAGGUGCAUCUCCUCUGCUAGCAAGGAACGUGCCCAAGGAAUCUCUUGAACAAAAGUAUUCAAGGCUCAACACUGUUAGGACCCGUGAUGAGAUAUUUCCUGCUGAUUAUGUGAAUGAGAUCCACUCCACCGAGACAUGUGCAAGUGGGAAGAGAAGGAACAAACGUAGAGGCUUUCUGCUUAAGCUGAUAUUUGGGAGGAAAGAGAGCAACACAAUUAGGUUGGGUUCACGUUUGAAGAGGAGACUACGAAUUCCUAGACUUGAUCCUACAAAUAGGUGGCCACAAGGUCCGGAAUGUUGCUUGGCAGCUAUUGGAUUCAAUCAAAAUCGUUCAAGGUGGCAGAAGCUUCAUCAUUUUAUGGCGUGGAAAAUAUUACAAACUGAUCACUCAUAA